CACACGCUCCAUUCAGCGAAAUCAUUCAUGCUGCUGAUAGCUGGAAGGUCUGGGUGCAGCAGGGCGCGCGGGGUGCUGUGCGCGGUUUGAUGCAGCUGGAGUUCGCGCGUGACGGUUCCCCUCCCCAAGCAACGAGCUCGGACAUUCUUCUGUGGGAAGUUCUCCGAAGGUUUUCCUAACAUUUUGGUGUCUAAAUCCAGACUGGAUGGAGCGCGUCAUGGAAGUUUGCAAGGGCCGCCUGCUGGGCAUCUCGGUGGCCAUUGCGCACGGAGUGUUCUCGGGGUCCCUCAACAUCCUGCUCAAAUUCCUCAUCACCACCUACCACUUCACCUACCUCACGCUCAUCCAGUGCAUGACCAGCGCCACGGCGGCGCUCACGCUGGAGACUCUGCGCAGGCUGGGCAAGGUGGACAUCCCGCCCUUCAGCCUGCACCUGGCCAAAGUUUUCGCCAGCGUGUGCGUGCUGUCCACGCUGCAGUCCACGCUGACCCUGUGGUCGCUGAGGGGUCUCAGCUUGCCCAUGUACGUGGUCUUCAAGCGCUGCCUGCCUCUAGUCACGCUGGGCAUCGGCGUGUGCGUGCUGAGGAACGGGACGCCCAGUGUUGGGGUGGUCGUGGCGGUGCUCAUCACAACCGGGGGGGCAGCUUUGGCAGGUGCAGGUGACCUCACUGGGGACCCCUUUGGCUAUGUGACUGGCAUUUUAGCGGUCAUUAUCCAUGCCUCCUACCUCGUGAUUAUCCAGAAGACUGGUGCAGAUAGUGAAUAUGGCCCACUAACUGCCCAGUACACCAUCGCCAUAGUGGCCUCCCCUGUGCUGCUCGUUUGUUCCUUCGUGAGCACGGACGCCAUUGACAUGUGGACGUACGAGGGCUGGAAGAACCCUUUCAUCACGGGCAUCUUCUGCUCCUGCAUCUUCAUCGGCUGCGCCAUGAACUUCACCACACUGCACUGCACUUACAUUAACUCAGCUGUGACCACCAGCUUUGUGGGAGUUGUGAAAAGCAUCGCUACAAUUACUGUGGGCAUGCUAGCAUUUAGCGAUGUGGAGCCCACCAAACUGUUUGUAGCAGGUGUGGUGGUGAACACAAUAGGGUCCAUCACCUAUUGCGUGGUAAAGUACUUUGAGACGAAAAAGAAGCUCAACUACCAGGAUAUGGACACCGCAGCCAAGGACGACGAACCACCUGGAGAACCGUAUAUAGAUCCACCACCCAAAGCCGAUGGAGAGUUGGAAAGUUUUGCUAACGGAAGCCUGAGUGGAGCGUUUAGCGGCAGUGGCCUGAGUCCAGUCCGUGACAGUAAAGGCGCGGAGUUCAUAGAGUUAGAAAGACCAGCAUUUCUGGAGAAUGAGCCAACAAACCAGUCUUUAACUGACAAUUAUGUCGGUGUCUGGAGGUCAGUUCGCACCUUAAAGUUCCUCAAGAAGGACACCUUACUUGACAACAUGGAGGUGCAAAGUCCUUGAUGAAGGACUCCCAAUAAAUAGAGGUUGCUAAGCAUGCUAAGCUAAAGUGUUGUUACAGACUGACAUUGUGAACAAGACAAAUGUUCGCCUUUGUCCUCGCUCUCUUAAAAGAGUAGCUCACCCAAACAUGCUAACAUGGCUAACAGUGAAUGGAAGUAAACACCAGCAGCAUUACGCCAUGUACAUGAUGCUAACUGGUGACUAUUCACUAUUAGCAUUAGCAUUUGUGAUUGAACUAUUCGUUUAAACCUGGUUUUAAGGAAGCCAAGUAUUUUUUUAACAACAAAUAAUUAUGUUGGGGGUUAAAAACCUAUAAUGUGUUUGUAUUGGCUGAAAAAACUGCUGGCUGCUUGUAAGAGUGUGUGAGUGUUAUGGUGAUAUCGCUCAUGCCGAGUGAUCAGUUUUCCCAGCGGUCUACUGAUCCAAAUGAAUGAGAGAGAAAAAAUCAAAUUUAGAAAAUAAUUUAGAAUCUUUGAUUUAGAUACAGACAGUACAUGUGUAAAUCCAGUGGUGAACCAUGAUUACCAGAUCUUGGUCUUCAGUUCGGGCCAUAAAUGUCAAAACCGUCUUUUAGAAAACCUAUAUGCUAAUUUAUGCUAGCACCCCUAUAGGUUUUCUAGCAGUAUAUCAGUGCUCAGCUAGCACUAGUGCACUUUGACUGUUCUAGAUUAAACACACAUUCGAAGCUCGCAAAAUACAUUCCAUAUGUUUUAUUUAAAGAUGGUUACACACAUUAACAUAUAUUUGAUCAGUUUUACAGUGACCCUCCAUUUCUGAAAGCUUGUUAGACUUGGGCUCGUAUUCGCAGCGACAUAUCUAGAACUUCCAGAAGGUCUAGAGUGACGUUUUUAAUCACAAAAUUGGCCGCACCCCUGUUAUUUGAAACUUAAUUUGUUGAUUCCACUGUUUCUGAUUAUGCUUGUGAUUAACCUAAAAUGUAAGGCCUUCAGUUCAGCUCCUGAAGUCCUAACCAAUAGGAGAACUUGCUUGGCUUCAUCUACCCAGAUAUCACAGGAAAAGAACCCUUUUUUAAUUUCCAAUGGCCAUUUCAAGAUUGUAACCUUAUGUUUCCAACCAAAACUUAAUCAUAUAAUUAUUAUUAUUGCAAUACAUGGGUUUAAAUACAAGCAUGACAAAACUAUUAAAUGAAAAAAUUGAUCUUGUUUGUAAUUUCCAGAAAUCACUAGGCUGAGAAGGCUCUGACGGUUCUCCACUGUGUAAAUCAAACAGAUGUACCAGUGUAUAAAAUGUGCAACUGAAUCUGAUUUGUUCAUUUUUAAUGGUUAUUUAUAUUUUUUGUGCACGUCGUGUCUGAAUUCUGUUUCAUUUGAAAUGCGAUGUUCAAAAAAAAAAAGCCAUUGUCAUUUGCAUGUACUGUGCAAAGUAAUUUAAAACAAGUUUUAUAUGAAAAAGCUUGAGAUGCUCAUGUCAUCUUUAAUGAUAUGGCCUUCAUUCAAGACAUCACCCAGCCGCCCUGGUCGUGCUGUCAUUGAGAAACGGUUUUGAAUUGAGCAGUAAGAUGACUGUGAUAAGGUUCACUUAACAGCAAGACAAUCUAAAUUCACUUUGAAAGAUCCAGCCAGGGGCAGAAAGACAUUAGGUUAUCCUUUAUGUUGAAGUCAAUAUCAUUAGAGCAUGUGUUACCUCAGUUUGUACAGCUGAGUGGCUUCCAGCUGACAAACCCCAGAGCAAGACCAUCUUCUGGGACCAUGAGUGCUGCAAUCCUUUUUGAAAACUGUUAUAUGUUCUGUGUAAAGGGAUGCCUUUGUGAUUAAAAGAGCGCAUAUCUGAAUGUAAAA